GUAACUGUUCCAGGCACACAAAACCACACACCCCUCCCUCAGUGACACACAUUUAGAAGACACUCGAGAGGAGACCAGAGCACAGCAAACCACAGAAGAAAACAGAAGCAGAAGCUCAUAGUGCAUCACCUGCAAUCUGCAGCUGUCACUGGCUAAGAAACCAGUUCACAACCACAGGAAGGUCUCAGCCUCAGGGCUGGGAUGCUCAGCUGCUCCUCCCGCCUCUCCCUGCUCCGAGGGAUUCCACAGGAACACUCCUGCCCACUCCCAUGGUGAAGAGCUGGAGGGACUGCCAAGGACCCCCCCUCACUGACCCCAGCUUCCACCGCAGGGAACACCCACAUUCCUCCGCUUCUCCCGGGAGAGGGAAUACCACAGUGCAAAUGAAAGCCACAACCCAAUUCAGCUCCUCCAGGAAUGACAGCAACUGCACCAGUGACAGCAGGAUCAGCCAAGUCAUCUUCCCUUUACUCUACACGUUUCUGUUCCUGGUGGGGAUCACCAUGAAUAGCCUGGCAAUGUGGGUCUUCUUUAAAAUAUCCAGUAAAUCCAACUUCAUCAUCUUCCUCAAGAACACUGUAAUUUCUGACCUCCUCAUGAUCUUGACUUUUCCAUUUAAGAUCCUCAGUGACGCAAAGCUGGUAUCCUGGGUCUUGCGAGGGUUUGUGUGCCAGGUCACCCAGGUUGUGUUUUACUUCACCAUGUACAUCAGCAUCUUGUUUCUUGGUCUGAUAACUAUUGAUCGCUAUCAGAAAGCCACCUCACCAUUCAGAACAUCAACUCCACGGAGUCUUUUAGCUGCCAAGAUCCUAUCCACAGCAAUCUGGGUAUCAAUGUUUGCUCUCUCGUUACCCAACAUGAUUUUAACUAAUAAGAAGAAAACAGCCAAGAACGUAAGGAAGUGUGCUCUCCUGAAAUCAGAGUUUGGCUUAGUCUGGCAUGAAAUUGUAAACUACAUUUGCCAGUUCAUCUUCUGGGUUAACUUAGCAGUCAUAGUGGUAUGUUACAUCCUCAUCAGCAAGGAACUGUACAAAUCCUAUAAAAGGACACGAUGCACAGGGAAAGCAUCCAAGAAGACUGUCAAUCUCAAGGUUUUCAUAAUCAUUGCUGUGUUCUUUAUUUGUUUUGUGCCAUUCCACUUUACCAGAAUCCCCUACACCUUGAGCCAAACGAGAGAUGUGUUUGACUGCUCUGCUCAGAACACCCUGUUCUACCUGAAGGAGACCACACUGUGGCUGACGUCCCUCAAUGCCUGCCUGGACCCAUUCAUAUACUUUUUCCUUUGCAAAUCAUUUAGGAAAUCCUUGCUAGACAUGCUGUGCAAGCACAUGGCAGGGCUCGGAGCACGGACAAAGGAGCAGAACGAGGGGGAUGACACAGACGAGACGCCGCUCUAGAACUCAGGACUCCACACACCCCUUCCUGGCCACACACGUUUAUUGAGAGUGGAAGGAGCACAAAUCCAUGAAGCGUAUCUAGAACUUCACCAACUUCUUUAGAAACAGUCCUGCAGAUGAAGCAUGAGCACCCUGGAACCACCACCACUGGUUGCAAAACUAGAAAGCUUAAAUAACAGGAGUCCCCCUGCCCCCAACCUCCAUCCUUGCCAAAACAGGAGCUCCCCUGACCCCAACCAUGUCUGUCAGAACUGCUGGGAAGAAUCUGAACUUAAAGGUGGAACUGUGAGGAAAACUUAAAACAGAAUCAUGAAAUGCUACAGAUGAUAUCGUGAACUGUAAAGAUUUUGCAGAAACAGCUAAACUUGGGGAGAGUGAAGUCCAUGAAAACACAGGAUCUGAGAAAUGCAGAUAAAUCCACAGGAGAUGUGAUUUUUCAAUACAGGGAGUUGUCACCUUGUAUGCAACGGGCAGACAAACAGAAACCCAGGCCAGAUGUAGAGCAGCCAUUUGUGCAAAUUUUUGGUAACAGAAUAACACUCGGCUUAUCUCAUUCUAUGCUUGCAGUUCCUAAUCCAUUGACCAGUAAUUAAUAGUUGUACGUCAGAGGAAAUUAUUUCAUAAUCAGGCUUAUCUUGAUAUGAAUUAAACCCCCAGCUCCUUCCCCUUACUACAUAAAUAAACAAAUCUGUAUAUUUUCA